CUCCACAGUGCGCAUGCGCGUGACUCGAGUAGUUGAGAUUCAAAAGUGUAAACAGUCAGCCAGAUUUGAACUGGCUGAUUUUAUUUUAAGUAAUUUCACGUGUGGUGGUCUCCGACCGUGAGCUGCUUUAUAUUGGACAGUUAUAAACAAGACAAUGGAAGCGGAAGGCAAUUCUGAAUCCUGGGAGUUAAGUAAGGAAAAUAUUCAGCCUUUAAAACAGGGAAGAAAUGCCAGUGUUUUGUCUGUUGCUCUGGAUGAUACUGCCACUCGUAAACUCAACAGUAUAAGGCAUGAAUUUGAGGAAGAACUGCGAACUUAUUCUGGUGAUGAUCCUCUUGACGUUUGGUAUCGUUACAUAUUGUGGGUGGAGCAAAACUACCCAAAAGGUGGAAAAGAUGGUAAUCUUAAGAAACUUAUUCAAAACUGUAUCAUUAGUAUUCAAAGGAACAGUGUUGUAAUGGAGAAGUACAAAAAUGAUGGACGUUUCUUGAGCCUCUGGAUUAAAUAUGCAAACAUCUCUCCUAAUCCAUUGGAAGUGUACUCAGCAUUAGAAAGCAAAGAUUUAUGCACUCUUCUUGCUGAUUUCUACAUAAAUUGGUCAUGGGAACUUGAAAGAUUGGGAAAUUUUAAACGAGCAGAUGCUAUUUACCAAAAGGGUCUGGAGGCUAGGGCUGUGCCAUUCGAUGUUUUAGAUGAUGCACACAAAAAGUUUCAAAAUAGAGUUGCCAGGGCAACGGUGGAAGGAAGACCAAAUGAGAGUGAAACAGAUCGGGGAGAUGUCCAUCGUAUAGCUUUAACAGCUUUAAAAGUCCAGGGGAAGAAAAAUAAAGUUGCCAACGAGCGUGUUGGGUCAACUGUGUUGGGGCCUGCUGGCCGUGUUUCACAGAGUGGACCUGUAAGCAAUGCUGGUGGUCCUACUUUUAAUAUAUACCAGGAUAAUGGGAAUUCAUCUGCUGUAGAUGGGGGAAACUGUAUCAAAGGAGGAUCGCUUCCCAUUCGUACCACUGUCAACAAGGAAAAUGUUAAGGAUCCUACAAAAUGGACAAAAGCAAAAGUGUCUCAAAAGACUUCCGGUGUGGUGCCUUUGGAAGAUGUUGGCAAACAUCAAAGACCAGCUUUUGCAGUUCAUGAAGAUGCAGGUGUAUCUCAACUUGGUAUAACUCCUUCCAAGUUACCAGCGACCAGUAAUGUUCUCUCAGUUCGUGAGAACUUUAAUGACUGGAAUGUCCCAUUGUUUGUUCCUGAGCCAUUUGAUCCAAAAGUUCAACCUCAGUAUUGCAAACAUGAAGUGUAUUGUGGAACAGAGGAAUUCUCGUUUGAGGAGUUGAGAGCUGCAAACUACUUCAAGGAAGAAAGAAGGAAGGCAGAGUUAGUAAAGAAGGAACAAGAAAGGGAUGCUCAAAUUCAACAAAUGCGAGAUAUGAUUAGGAAACAAGAGAUGAUGCUUCAACAGUUGUUUCAAAGUCAACAACAGCUUCCUAAUGGUCAGGCGCCACAGAUUACAGUGACGUCACCACAUGAAACUAAUGAUGUGAGUGUUCCUCAAAAAGUGCAGAAGAAAACUGAGAACAAAGAUCAAAGCAUUUAUCAUGACAGUUGGAUUUGUAUGAAUAAGUCAGUCAUUCCAUCCAUAAACCAGUCCGUAAAUGCUUCACUCUUUCUGGAGGAGAACUCUACUCGUGCAUUACAACAGCCAAAACCAGUUACUUUAAAUGCUCUCUCUAGUGAAAUACCAGAGGAGCAAGGACACAAUUUCUCGUCUUGUGCCCCAAACAACAGUGGCCAGGAUGGUUUAAAUCACAGUCAUAGUAGUCACAGCAACUCCAGAGGUCUCAAUUUAACUGAUCCCACAGUCAACACCAAGAUGGCUAUGAAUGCUAUAAAUGAUAUGUGGUCAGUUUCCUUAUUCAAGGAGGACAGUGUUGCUGUGGACGUUGAAUCAAAUGCACCACCUUCAAAGCAAAGUGCACCAUUUGCUAUAUUCCAGGAUAAUGCAUGUGGGAAGGAAGAUGCAAACAUUGCCCAGGAGGCCCCAGCACAGCCAUUCACUAUCUUUCGUGAUGAUGGAAAUCAAGGUACAAAUUUUGCUGCACCAUUUACCAUUCAUCAAGAUCAAGCCACCUGUAACACAAAGGCAGUAAGUGAUGUGUCAGACCCCAAUCAUCUGUAUCCUGAAACCCAAGAUGAAAAUGCACCACCUGAAGGCUUUAAGCAAGAAAAAAAUAUCCGAACUUUGGCAGGUGUUUUGCAGCCUACAACUAACGUCCCAAUGUCAGUAGAAGACGAGAAAGAUGUGGAAGAUGAGAUUGAAGAAAAAAAUCCAACUAGUGAUGAUAACUCUGGUACAAAAGUAGAUUCAAACCCUGAUGAUAACUUGGAAGGAGAUUUCUUCCCUAUAAAUGGAACAUUAAUGGCUGAUUUCACUUUAAAAAUGCCUAACAAUCCAGAAGCAUUUGCAAAAAGUCUAAAAAUUGCCUCCACGCCAGCUUAUUUCCUCAAACAAGAUGAUGGAGAUGACAAAACAAUUGGUAAUCUCCUUAAACAAGGCUGCUUCUUCCCAUUUGAAGAGGAGGAGGAGGAAGAGGAGAAAAAGGAAGACAGUGGAGAAGUGAUGCCACCACCUAGCACAAGUCGUCCCGUGUCAUCCCCUCAUGGAAUAAGUGCCAAACCUCUAUCACCUAUUAUGGAGGCUUCCAGAGAAUACAAGUCAUCAUCAUCAAGCAGUUCAGGAUAUUCCACAACUUCAACAUUAUGUUCAAAUUCUAUUCAUGGUGUCACUCAGUAUGGUGGAUUGUCAACAACCCAAACAUUCCGCUUUAGGCAUAAUUCAAAUUCACAAGCCGAGUCAGUGCUGGAAACUGGAACUACCACGCAGACUGGAGAUUUCACAAAAUCUGGAUACCUUGCUGACAAGUCAAGAGGUGAAAGUAUUGCUGAAACCAAGCAUAAAAAUCCAACAUCUCGGAACUACCUAAUGACUGAGGAGGAAGGAGACACUUUUGAUGCCCAUAAAGCUGCAAUGAUGUUAAUGGAGAUGGACAGAGUGCCAGUGCCAUCACCUCCCAAAGCAGUGUCUAAGGGGGUUACUGUCACUAAGGUACUAUCAGAGAAUAAUUUUCCUGAGAAAAUAAACCCAUUUUGUAAAGAACUGGUAGGAAAGCUGUUGGACAACUUGAAUGAAAAAGUGGAGACCCGUGGAGGAUAUGUGCAAAUGGAUGGAAAACUACCAUUAAUCAAGCCAAAUGUGCAGCUGACCUUGGGGAAGGAAAUGUUUUAUGUUCGCCGUUUGCGAGGUGAAGGAGCAUAUGCUAAAGUCUUCCAAGCUGCAACACUUGACCCUCUUAAUGUAACAGUUUUUCCUGAUAUUGAUGGUAAAGAUGAGGACGAUAAUGAUGAUGAUGAUGAGCAUCAGAUAAUUUUGAAACUUCAAAAACCAUCAUGGCCAUGGGAGUUUUAUAUAUGUCAUGAACUUCGAAGUCGAUUAAAAGCCAAGCAAUAUAAAACAGAUGUAUUAGAUUCAAUUAUGAGAGUCAAUCGUGGAUACUUCUUUACUAAUGGCUCCAUAUUAGUAAAUGAAUAUCACAAGCAUGGCACCUUAUUGGACGUUGUUAAUCGGUACAAGCUUUCAGGAAGUACCUUACCUGAUGGAAUAGCAAUUCUGUUCAUGAUUGAAGUUAUGUCAAUUGUUGAAGCCCUUCAUAGUUGUAAUAUAAUUCAUGCAGACAUCAAGCCUGACAAUUUCCUGAUCAGGGGUAUGCCAAAGAUCAAUUGUUCAGCAAGCACACCUAAAGAUGUUUUUGAACAAUGUCCGUCUUCAUUGAAACUUAUAGACUUUGGAAGAAGUAUUGACAUGCAGUUGUUGCCAGAAGGAUCAACAUUUACAGAAGUGGUAAAAACAGAAGGCUUCACUUGUUGUGAAAUGAGGGAAGGAAAACCUUGGACGUAUGAGACAGACUAUUAUGGUGUAGCUGCUAUUGCUUACUGUUUUCUGUUUGGUUCUUAUAUGGAUGUCAAGAAAAAUUCACUUGGAAAAUGGGAACUAAAACAAGGCACAAUGAAAAGGUAUUGGAAGAGGGACUUGUGGCAGUCAUUUUUUUCCACACUUCUUAAUUCCCCAUCUCCAAAUUCACUGAGCAAACUGAAAGAAGACUUUAUGAGAAAAUUUGUUGAGUUGAUUGGAGAAAAACAUUUCAGUUCAAAAUUAACAGAGUUACAAAAUAUUUUAGCUCAAAAACUUUAGUUUCACAAUAGAGUGAACUUUCAUGUAUUCCAGUGGUAUAUUGAAAUAUUUUUAGCGAGUAUUAAUUUUUUACCCAAUCUCAAAUUUUUUGUUAAACGGUAAGUGUAAGCAGAUAUAACCAUCUUGGUGUACCUAUCUUUUUUCUAAUUAUGGACUACUCUUUUUAUAGAUUGUAAGAUAGCUUCAAGUUUUUUAUGUCAUACUUUUAGAUGGAUAAAUCUUGUAACAUUGGUUUAUUGUACUACUGUACUGAUAUUCUUGACAUUUAUACACCAAAAUAAAGUAUAGUUUUUA